UAAAAUAGAAGAGAGGGAAGGCUUCAAGAGACCCGGAACCAAAGUGUCGAGGGAGCCGUUUGCGUAGGACCCAUUAAGGAAUGGAGAACGAUUAGAGGGACGGUUUCAAGAGACCCGGAACCAAAAUGUCGGGGGCGCGGUUUCCUUGGGGACCCAUUAAAGAACGGACGCAGGGACAAAAUGGCGGACGCCGCUGAGGAGAAAGAAGAGCGGGAAGGCUUCAAGAAGCCGUCCCUGCCCCCGCCGCCGCCUCCUCCUCCUCCGGGGCGAGGGAAGGAGGCCGAGGCGCCGGCUGUGGCGGCUCCGAAACCGGCUGUGAAAGCGCCUCGGGGCCCGGCGGCUCCUCCGCCUCCUCCAUCCCUCCCGGAGUACGAGGAGCCUCCGUGGGGCGGCCUCUCCCCGGGCUACAGCCUGGAGGUGGUGAAGGGAGGCGCCGUGCUGGAGAGCGUGGGCCUGGGCGGCCGGAGCUGGGUGCUGGUGGGGCGGGCGCCGAGCUGCCACUUGUCCCUGGCUCACCCCUGUGUGUCGCGGCACCACGCCGUCCUCCAGCACCGGCCCUCGUCGGAAGAGGAGCCCCAGGGGGAAGGGGAAGGGGGAGGCCCCGCGCCGGGGCUCUACGUGUACGACCUGGACAGCGCCCACGGCACCUUCCUCAACAAAGCGCGGAUCCCGCCCCGCACCUACUGCAGGGUCCGGGUCGGACACGUCCUCCGCUUCGGCGGCAGCAGCCGACUCUUCGUCCUUCAGGGCCCAGAGGAAGAUCAAGAACCAGAAUCAGAACUGACUGUAACCCAGUUGAAAGAAUUGCGUAAACAGCAGCAGGCUAAAUUAGAGAAAACAAUGCUGGGUGAUGAUUCUGAUGAAGAUCAAGAGAAAAAGGAAGAACAGAGAUAUAAAAACAGUCAGGACAAUGAUUUCAGUUGUUCCUGGGGAAUUGGGGAAGAUGCAGAGGAGGAAGAAGGUGAAGAAAACCCAAUAGCCAUUGAGUUUCAGGAGGAUCAGGAGGCUUUUUACUUGAAAGAUCCAAAGAAGGCACUACAAGGAUUUUUUGACAGAGAAGGAGAGGAACUAGAAUAUGAAUUUGAAGCUCAAGGGACUGGCACCUGGCUUUGUAGGGUGAAGCUCCCUGUAGACGAUGCUUUAGGGAAGCAGCUUGUGGCAGAAGCUAUCCAUUCAGGAAAGAAGAAAGAAGCUCUGAUCCAGUGUUCACUGGAAGCCUGCAGGAUAUUGGAUGCUAGGGGGGUACUGCGGCAGGAAGCAGUUUCCCGUAAAAGAAAAGCAAAGAAUUGGGAAGAAGAAGACUUUUAUGAUAGUGACGAUGACACAUUCCUUGAUCGAACAGGAGUUAUUGAACAGAAACGGCUGAACAGAAUGAAAAAAGCUGGAAAAAUAGAUGAGAAACCAGAAACGUAUGAUUCACUGGUUACAAAGGUAAAUGCAAUUGAAAAAGAACUCUCUGAGAUAGCUGAGAAGUUGAAAUCUUCAAAGACAGCACGUUCCCAGUCAGCAGCUCAGGAUUCCUUGGAUGAAUUCAUGAAAGACAUAAAAUCCGGUUGUGCUUUAGACAGUGUGACACGUAGAAAGCUUCACUUGCGAACCUUUGAACUGAGAAAGGAACAACAGCGUUUGAAAGGACUGAUUAAGAUAGUUACACCUGCCUCAAUGCCGGAACUGCAAUCACACCUUGAGAUUGAAAAUCUGGAAACACAAAACAAGCCUAAAAUGCUAACUUUACCCCUAUUUGGUGCCAUGAAAGGAGGGAGCAAAUUCAGACUGAAAACUGGAACUGUAGGGAAGUUGCCUGUGAAACGUCCUGAAGUACCUGUAAAUCUAUUAAAGAUGAAAGAUGAAGGAUCAGAGGAAGAGGAAGAGGAAGAGGAGGAAGAAGAAGAGGAAACAGAAAUGAAUUCAAAUCAGGGGACACAGAAACCAAAGACAGAAGCUGCUGCACAAGAAAUUGUUAAACAAGAGAGUGUUCCUACCAGUUCUUUUUCUCACUUCAGACAAGACAUGGAAUCAUCUAAUUAUGGAAUUAAGUCUCACUCUGACCCUUUGAGUAAAGACAAGAUAAUGCCAGAAUGCAGCUCUCCAGUGGCUAAACUGCAAAACAAACCACAAGUGUCUCAGAAGACUGUAAAAAUGCCCCUAAAUAAGAAGGCUAACAGUACAAGUAUGGCUGAACACACUAUGUCCACAAAAUACCCAGAAAAUGACCCAGACUACUGUGUUUGGAUGCCACCAGAAGAUCAAAGUGGUGAUGGCAGAACUCAUCUGAAUGCAAAAUACGGCUAUUAAACUUUGGAUGGUGGAUUUGGAAAGCAGGAGACUUGGACACAACAAUUGGUACAGACACUGUUCAAACAACAGGCAACAAACUUUUGUUCACUCUUUUAAAAUCCCUUUUAAAGAUUUCUGAUUCCUGCCCAUGAACGUUUGUUUCCCACUAGAUGUGUAUUUGUGUAUAUUGUGCAUCAAAAUGUAUAUAGAAGUGGAAACUGUAUUUACAGACUGUUUAGGUACAGCAAGAUAUGGUUUUAUAUAAUAAAAACUAAACAGCCA